AUGAAGUAUUAAAGAGUUAUAGCUAGUUUUGUAUAUCACAUUUGUCCAUUGAUAUUACAUACUAAUAUUCCAAAAAAUGCUUGUCUUUUUAUUGUUAAGUGCAUUGUGUUUUUACAUAACUGAAGGUAGAACAGCACCUCGGAUCAUCGGAGGAGAAGAUGCUCCAGCUGGCCAUUUUCUCUUUGUUGCUGCACUAAAUGUCCAGACCGGAGACAGCAAAUUCUUCUGUGGCGGUGCUUUGUUGAACUCACAAUGGAUUGUAACUUCUGGACACUGUGCUUAUAACGCGGAACUUUUUACCAUCCAUCUUGGAUCAAUGACACUGACUACUGCAGACCCAAAUCGUGAAGUUCUUUCGACAUCAGAGUAUGUUUUGCAUCCAGAUUUUGAUCCCGAGGCCAUGUUAAAUGAUAUCGCGUUAAUUAAGCUUCGACUGGCCAUUAGAUUCAAUAAUUAUAUUGCGCCUAUAAGCUUGCCCUCAACAAAUCUGUCGGAUUCUGUACAAGUGACAGCAGUUGGAUGGGGUCAAACCAGUGACAGUAAUGCUGGACUUUCGGAACACCUUCAAAUGGUUGGAACGGUAACCCUAUCUAACACGGAAUGUAAAUUAACAUACGGAAACCAAAUCACAGACAAUAUGGUGUGCGUCGAAGGAAAUUAUAACGAAGGAACCUGCACAGGAGACACCGGUAGUCCUUUGAUUGAGUAUUUCGGACGAGGUUAUUCAAUCGUUGGUGUGGCGAGCUUCAUGAGUGGAAACGGAUGUGAAAGCACCGAUCCUUCAGGAUACACAAGAAUACAUCCUUACUCAGACUGGAUUAAAAGCGUCAUAAACAGUUAACGCAUUAUUUCAUAUUUAAUAAUAGUACAAAUAUGUAUUGUUAUAGUAUGAAAGGAAAACGAAAAUAAACAAAUUUUAAUUCUGGAAA